AUGGAUUUCGCUGCCUCUGCCGGCUUGCUUACUGUAUUGGAGCCUCCUCUCUUCGAAGCCCUCGUGCACAACACCGCUACACAAGCAGGAGCAGUCGCGCCAGCCAUUAUUGCCUUUACCACACAGCACCAUGCAGAGUAUCAACAGCCGGGCGAGAACCGACUCCGGAUUCGCUUUCCGCAUUUGGACAUGUUGGCACCUGCAGGGCCGCAGGGUAGCAGUGAGGAGACCUUCUUAGAGGCUGCCACACAAAGUCACUGUGGACGCAUCGUGAAGGAGAUUUGGUCAGAGGGCGACGGCUUUCCCAUGCCCAAGGGAUGCUACUACCAGAAGGAUUCCGCGAGUGGUGCCUACUUUCGGGAAUACACCUUGAUCUUCAGUGACGGUGCCUUGGAGAUCCAAAUGAUCCUCUGA